ACUUCACUGUUAUCAGUUCUGUUUUAAGUCUUGACUUUUCGAGUGUUUUGACAGUAGUUCGUUAUUGAGUACCUAUUGAACUACUAUUAUCUAAUCUUCAUCAUAUUAAGUAGGUACAUAUUUUAGUUUUGUGUUAAAUUUUUGCGAAACGGUUGAAUCAUGUUGAAAGUUUUAACAUCGGUUCCGAAAGUAAGCUGCUUUGCUAUUAGAGGUAUUCAAUGUAAUUUUAAUUCAUGCAAAUUUGUGCCGAUUCUGCAACAAAGUCGAAUACAACAAUUCACCCGUUGGACUAAGCCAUCAGUACAGUAUCCGGAACGUUUUUCCUGUAUUCGUUUAUGUCAUGCAAAACCAGCAGAGUUGACUCCACGUGAAAAACUGAAAAUAGCUGCUAAAGAAUACGGUUCAGUGUUGAUUGGGUUUCAUGUCGGAAUCUCAUUAAUUUCAUUAGGUUCAGUAUAUUUUUUCAUUUCUAAUGGUGUUGACGUCCAACAAUGGAUUGGAUGGAUGGGUAUGUCGAAUGCAAACGAAAACACUAAAAUUGUAGCUGGAGCGAGUCAGUUUAUCAUUGCAUAUGCCAUACAUAAAUCUUUUGCUCCAGUACGCAUUUCAAUAACACUUAUAUCCGUGCCAUUAAUUGUACGAUACCUUAGGAUGAAAGGAAUAAUGAAAAUAAAAAAAUAAUUGUUAAUUACCAGAAUCUAUGAAACCGUGAAAACUGUAAAUAAUUACCUAUUAUAUUACUAUGAUUUUAAAAUGUAUUAUUUAGUAAGAAUAAUACAUUUUAUAAAAAUAAUUUUUAAAUAUAUUUUUAUAUUUGUAUAAAAUGUGAAAUAUUGUUGGACAUUUUUGAAAAAUAUUAUAUUGAAUAAAAAAUUAAGAUAAUUAUAUUUUAUAAGGUACACAGUUUAGAAAUUAAAAAAAUAAAUAAAUAAAUAAAGUAAAGGUGAAAGUUGUGUAAAGUAAAAUUAUUUGUAUUUUUUUAUUUUAAUGUGCCACUAAUAAUCAAACUAAAUGUAAAUUAUACUUAUUACUUGGU